CCUCCGCUGUGAACGCCAGUGACCCUCGAGAUGCUCCUCGCGCUGCUCUGCGUCCUCCUGCUGGUAGCGCUCUGCGCAUACUGCGCCCUCGACUGCGCAAAGCCCGCAAAGUUCCCGCCCGGACCAAAAUGGCUGCCGUUUGUUGGAUGCUUCCCGACGUUCCAGCGUCUCCGUUUAAAGCACGGCUACGCCCAUCUUGCGUUUGAAGUCCUGUCCAAGAUAUACGGCCCGAUUUUGGGCUUAAAACUAGGCAAACAACGAUUCAUUAUGAUCUCGGGACAUUCCCUGGUGAAGAGAGUCCUUCUCCAGGAGGAAUUCAACGGACGACCCGACGGCUUCUUCUUCAGGGUGCGCUCUUUCGGCAGAAGAAAAGGAGUCCUGUUCACGGAGGGUCACACUUGGUCGCAAAAUCGGCGAUUUACCAUGAGACAUUUGCGCGUCUUCGGCUUCGGUAGAUCCAUCAUGGCGGGUCAUUUGCAUAUCGAAGCCCGGGACCUCGUCGACAACCUUUUGCGACAAAGUGAGGAGGGUCCCGUGGGCAUGCACACAGUCUUCGACGUAGCGGUGUUAAAUUCCCUGUGGACGAUGUUUGCCGGGCACAGAUUUGCCUACGAGGACGAGAAACUGAAGGAGAUCCUCCAGGUCGUCCACGACGCCUUCAGGUUAAUGGACACAAUGGGAGGAAUAAUGUCCUACAUGCCCUUCCUGCGUUACGUGAUCCCAGAAUUGUCCGGCUUCAAGGAGUUAAUGUACAUCCUGGAGAAGCUUUGGUCCUUCCUCAGCGACGAGAUUUCCGCCCACGAGAGGAAGUUACCCGAGAGUCAACCUGGGGAUCUGAUCGAUGCUUUCCUUCUGGAAAUUCCGAAAAAUCAGGGCACGGAUUCAAUAUUCACCCGAGAAGAUUUAUUGGUCCUUUGCCUGGACCUGUUCCUGGCUGGCGUGAAGACGACCAGCGACACCCUGGCGACGACGUUCAUGUUCCUGGCUCUGCAUCAGGAUUGGGUAAAGACUCUGCAGAAGGACCUGGACGAGGUCGUCGGGAGAGAUAGGUCUCCGACAUUAGAAGAUGUGCCAUCCUUACCCAGGGUCGAGGCUUUCCUCGCCGAGGUACAGAGGUAUUUAGCAAUGGCGCCCCUCGGAGUGCCUCACAACACAACCAAAGACGUGUCUUUGGAUGGCUACGAAAUACCAAAAGACACCAUAGUUAUUCUCAACUAUCACAGCGUCCACCACGAUCCCGCGAUAUGGGAAGAUCCUGAAGAAUUUCGCCCAGAAAGGUUCAUCGACGACAAUGGGAGAUUUUCUCAUAACAAUGCCGCCAUUCCUUUUGGAAUCGGAAAGAGACGUUGCCUGGGGGAAAUCUUAGCUCGGCAAUCAUUGUUCCUCUAUUUCACCAACGUCCUCCACUUUUUCCAUUUGGAGAUCUCGCCGGAACACGGAGCCCCCGACACAAAUGGCUACGACGGUUUCACCAUUUCCCCAAAACCAUACUACCUUAAACUUUCGUCGAGGACGAGAUCGAAAGACUAACCGAAGCUCGCAUUACC